AUGCAAGCCAUCACUUGGGAUGACUCGUCUUCGAGUGAGUCAUCUUCAAGUGAUGAGGAUGUUAACGCUACGGCACUUAUUGCACAUGACUCUUUUAUGUGUUUAGCAUCUACAGAUUCUAUCUCUAUGACGUCUAUGCAAGAAAAAUCUACGUCGGAGAAUUCAUCGGAUGAAGAAUCGGAUGAAGAUGAUAUGGUUGCCGCAUAUCAUCAAUUGGUUGUCGAGUCAAAGAAGAUGGCCAAGCACAAUAAAAAAUUGCUGCGAAGAUUGCUCGAAUUGGAAGAAGAGAACACGAAACUAGAGUCGCUAACCAAGAGUCUCGAGCAUGAAAAAGAUGGUUUGACUAAGUCUUAUGACUCUUUAUUUGAGAAGUGCACAUUGCUUGAAAAGGAAAAGGAGUCUCAUGUUGAAAACAUCAAUUUUCUUACCAAGCAAUACUCGGAAGCUAGAGAAGCAAAUAUGGAAUUCACCAAGACGAUUAUUCAACUUAAAUCGGAUUUAAAUCAAUUCUCGUCUGGCUCUAGCAAACUUGAUAAGAUGCUUGGACUUGGUCAAACAAAUAAACUUGUACUUGGAUACGAACGGACGUAUAUUGAUCAAGCAAUGAAGAAAGAUGACGAACAUUCUACAAAAGCGGUUCCUAAGCUUUAUGGUCAUGUGAAAAGGGUUUGCAAACAAAAGGCUAAGAGCCCCACUAUACCCUUGGAUCGGAAGGCACAAUGGAAAUCAAAGAAGGAUGAUCCUAAGAACAAACAAACAUGGAAACCAAAGAAGGAAGAUCCAAAGACAAAUGCAAAGCAAACUUGGAAACGGAAGAAGGAUGAUCCUAAGAAGAAAAUUGCUCAAAUCGUCGACAAGCAACAUAUUUCGCAAUCAAGUCGGCCAACGCAACCCAAAACACGUAAGAUAAAUUGA